AGAAAAGCGUUGCGCUAACGUUAUUGACCUGACCUGUAACUUUAGUUAAGUUACCCUGAAUGGCGGAAUUAAUUAACUUAGCAUAUUUGGCAGCUGGGGGUAAAGUUAGACAAAUAAGGUUUUCUCUCUCCAGCCUCUAAGUGUCUCUGCCGUUGUACACACGCAGGAGACUACAAGCAGGAAGUCGAAAAAAAGCAGACAGCAGCUGAUGUAAAUAAGGAAGUGAAUGCUGUCGGAUCGGAGCUGGAGCCCCUAUUCUACAGUAAAUUGGAAGUAGAUCAGUCGGCAGCGCUGUAAUAAAAUUCAAGGCACAACGGCUGUGCUAAGGAAGUUAGCCGUCAAGCUAAUUCCUCCACUGAUUCCACAUUAUCUCAAAACAAGACCUAGACAGAAAAAAGAAAAGGGGAGAGGAAGACACAGACGAGUAAACAUACCCCCAGAACUAUUCAGCCACCAUGGACCAUAAAGGGGAACCCCAAGAAGGAGCUAUGGGGCUGAAACAAGAGGAGCUUCCGCAGAUGGAUGGGUCAUGUGAUGCGUGCGAGCCCGAUGAGGCCCAACCGGCCACGCAAGUGUGCCACAUCUGCAGCUUUGCCUUUUGCCCUGCCCAUGCUGAUAGACAUGCCAGCAGCACACAUCACCAGAUAAUGCCUUACAACCAUGAGGGGACACAAGCUAAUGGACUUGGCACCAGCAGAGACUCCAGAGUUGGAGCUGAGGAGGAGGCUGGUGAGGAGAGGGUAGCUGGAAUGGGCGCGAUUCAGGGGAUGGCAAUACGUGGAGAGGCAAUGGCCAAUGGCGAUGAGAGCGGGGAUGCCGGGGUAAAGGAUGCUCUGCAGCUCGAGGCUGAGCCCGGUGACGGCGCUGAGGGUGCAGAAGCAGGGCAGGAGGCCAUGGCCGCUGGAGAGGCUGGGAAGAGGGACACUGUGACCGUAGAGAGACUGCGCUGCAAGGAGCAUGGGCAGGAAGGCUCCCUCUACUGUAAACCAGACGAGAAGAUCAUCUGUGUGGUGUGCGCUGUGCAGGGUGAGCACCGUGAGCAUGAGAUUGUCACUCUGCAUGAGGCCUACGUGUGGCAGAAGAGCAGGCAGGGUUAUGACCUGCUGGGCUGUACACAACAGAUGGCCGAGAAGAUCAAGACCAAGUGGACCAACCCUGAGAUGUCUACAGAGGAGCUAGAGGCUUAUGUGAACACCCAGUUCGAUGAGCUCCGCAGAUUGGUGCGUCUGGAGGAGAAGAGGACCCUUCACCUGGUAGACCUCAAAGAGGCGUUCCUCACGGCAUCCGCUGCUGAGAAAAUUGCCGAGAUCAGUGUCGAAACUGAGCGUCUGCAGGAAGAGAUGGCCAACAUCACAAACCAGCUGUGCCUGCUGGAACAGGCCGAGGCAGCAGGUCCUGCAGUGGUAGCACAGGCUCUCGCAGCGGCACCUGGACCAGCCCACAGAGUGCAGCACGGCAUUGAGGCCAGGCCAAGGCUACCAGAGCCGAGGGCAAACCCCAUGGACCCACGGGAUUAUGAAGACAACGAUUCUGGACCAUCCAUGGACCACGCCCCCUGAUACCAGCAGACCAGACUCUCACUACAUCCACCUGUCCUUCAAUGUCUGCUUCAGCCAGCCGUCAGCCCUGUUCAGCUGUCAGCCGUCUCCCCUUUACCCUGCUCCGCACCCCUCCCUUCCCGGUGCCUUCUGGCAGUGAACUGACCUUGAAGAAAGCUGCUGUGACAAAUAUGGAUGGCCACGUCUUUUCUGCUAUCAAACUUUUUUUUUAAGUUCCCACUAGCUACUAACUUUCUUUAAUUGAAGCAAGCAAGUUAGUGCAAUCAAUUACCAUCAGGCUCAAUUUCCACAGCCAGUCAGAUCCUUGGCUUACUGGUGAGCCUGGCUGACUCAGAGAAGAGUCCUUGCUAGGCAGCCGAGCGGAGCAUCUGUUAAGCCCGACAGAUGUCAAAAAUGGGAAGUUCGGUGACACGGUGCGCUUCACACUUUAUCAUUAUUCACAAUAUCAUUUUGGCUCUGUCGUUUUGACAAACAUUCUGGGCACUCGGAAAGGGAACAUUUGUCUGAUGCCACAAUGCCUUACGUCGUCAAGAGAAUACAUUACAGUUGUUUUGGGUGUUAUAUUUCUAUUGUAAAAAAAAAAAUCUCUACCUUUCAUUCUACAAUGCUGUCUCUUGUACUUUCCAUCAUCCUGUUGCAGUCGCCCCUCCUUUCCCUCCAUCCUCUGCCUACCCACUGAUUCUUUAUGCUUGUAGACUUGUGCGCACUUCCUAGUGUGCUUGUCAGAUCUAUUAUAAGAAGCGGGGGACAUUUUGACACCUAUUGAUUGCCGAAUGCUGCUGAGUCUUUGUUAGGUGAAAAUCGAACUGUAAUUUGACUGUGCAAAAUAGCGCUCCCGCAGUAUCAGCUUUCUAUGUACUGUAAUGUAAAGGCUCAUUACUCCUGGCCAAUCUGCACCGUAUGACGGAUUACCGUCCAGACAAGUGUGUAUGCACUUUCGACCUUGACCCGCUCAACCAUGGCUUUCAUCCAUGAUAUACUGCCGCCAAGUCUAUCAGCAGUUUGUUUUUAAUGUGAUUGAUUCUUUUGCCUUAAAUUCAAAAGGGGAAGCGGUGUCACCCGUAAUAUGUGGGGCAUGUUUGACAACAACAUGACUUCACUACUGUAACACUGCACUGAGAGUUGUAUACCCACCCAAGGGAAAUGUUGGUGUGUCAGCAGCUUAUUGAUAUAACUCCAACAUCUCAUUCUUUAUUCUAGUGAAACAACAGACAAGAGUCUGACAUUUCCUCUUGUUUUUAUUUGUCUAUUUUUAUCUUAAAUCUAUAAAUAAACAACCUGUUUCUUAGAUUGGAUGUUUCACUUUA